CUGGAGGGAGGGAGGACAGCAUUUAAUUCGGUGGAAGCCAUCGGGGUGAGGAGAGGAAGCAGGCUGGCCAUUUCUAGAAAAGGGAACCGCCUUGCAUUCCGCCCCGGCUUCUUCGACACAGAAAAUAACUUUGCACAUGCUCUGGGGGCGUCUCUUCCUUCCUGCAGAUUUGCCAGCGCUCCGGAGCUGAACUCUGGCACCGAAACAGGUCCGGCACUAAAGGCUCUACUCCCACGAAGUACUCUGGCUCCUCCGGGACUGGUGCUCUCGGGCCUUGUGUUGACUUUGCCCGCUGGCAGCUGCGAGGGGAAGCCCGGCCCAGGCGGCAUUGUUGUCUCAGCCGGUUAAUCAGAUCCUACGAGCCGUUGUGGAAAUAUCGGGCCUCUGGCCGAACAAUAGGGCCCCAGGAGGUGGUGGUUAAACUUCAACCAGCUGAGCUUCCCCUCCCUGCCUGCCAGAGCCCAGGGAGCCGGGCACGCGAGCGAGCCAGGGACACCCCAACACACACACCACACACGGUUGGGGCAGAUCGAGGGCCCGAGUUCCAGACUGCGACGUGAGGGUAGCCUAGAGCUGUGGAUCAAUGCGGGGCGUCUUUACCGCCUCCCGCCUUCUGGCCUUCUUUAUUAUUUGCCCCAGAUUACGAUCUGGGCCUGGAGGGCGAGCUUUCCUCUCUCCCCCCCCCCCCCACGCACGCUUCUCGAAGCCCGGGGACGCCCUUUGGAGCCCGACCCAACGGCGGUCGCUUCGGCCGCGCCAAACGCCGUCCCUGGCACGAGGCAGCGCUCCUCGGACGACAGCCUCGAUGACCUCUUUGGCACCUUCGGCCCGGAGCACGUGGAGACGGGAGUCCUGGCUGGUGGUGGCGGGGGGAGGGGAGCGCUAGGGCGGCUCUCCUGAGGCUGAGGCGCGCGUCCGCCUCCCCAAUGACAGCAGGUGAGCGAGCCACGGAGGUGGGGCGGGCGGGCUUUUGCCUCAUCCCCCCCCACCCGUCCACCUCCCGGUCGGCGGGGCCCUGGCAGCGGCAGGCAGGUUCCGCGAGGAGGAGAGGAGGAGGAGGAGGAAAGGGAGGGCGAGAGGGCCGGCCACGGGCUGGGUGCGGUCCUGGCGAUCCCCGAUCCGGAUUUCUUCAAUUUCCCCUCUCCGUCGCUCACUCGUGCUCUGCGAGCUGAGGCGCAGUCAGAAAGAGCAGCAGCUCCGGCGGCAGCGCUGACCGCUAGAGCGCGGCGGCGACGCUUUAACCGCGGCAGCCAAAACAAACGGAGCCUUCGCUAUUUAUUGGCGGCGGCCGGAGCGGGCCGGCUGAGAGCGGCCAACCAGCUCACCUGCCCCCCUCGCCGCAUGGCCGCGGCCGCUGCUCCCCUCCCGGGGCAGCCCGGCCGUCGCCGCCGUCGUCGCCGCCGCUGCUCCUCUCGGAGCGAGUCCCGCUGAGCUCCUGUGGGUCCGCCAGAGCCAUGAAGGCGGCGCGGCUGCUGCUCCUCCUCAGCGGCUGCGCGCUGCUCCUGUUGGCGCCGGAGGUGCGCGGCUGCGGGCCGGGCCGGGUAGUGGGCAGCCGUCGCCGCCCGCCGAGGAAGCUCAUCCCUCUCGCCUACAAGCAGUUCAGCCCCAACGUGCCCGAGAAGACGCUGGGCGCCAGCGGCAGGUACGAAGGCAAAAUCGCCCGCAACUCGGAGCGCUUCAAGGAGCUGACGCCCAACUACAACCCGGACAUCAUCUUCAAAGACGAGGAGAACACCGGCGCCGACCGCCUCAUGACCCAGCGUUGUAAGGACCGCCUAAACUCCCUAGCCAUUUCAGUGAUGAACCAGUGGCCAGGGGUGAAGCUCCGGGUGACAGAAGGUUGGGAUGAAGAUGGACACCACUCUGAGGAGUCCCUGCACUAUGAAGGCCGUGCAGUUGACAUCACCACCUCUGACCGGGACCGCAACAAAUACGGGAUGCUCGCACGCCUGGCUGUGGAGGCUGGUUUUGACUGGGUUUACUAUGAAUCCAAGGCUCACAUUCACUGUUCUGUUAAAUCAGAGCAUUCAGCAGCAGCAAAGACGGGAGGAUGUUUUCCAGCCCGAGCGCUGACAACUCUAGAGAGUGGGACCAAGAUUCCAUUGUGGGCCCUGAAGCCCGGGCAGCGGGUCCAAGCCAUGGAUGCGCAAGGCCACCUCGUCUACAGUGAGUUCCUGGCAUUUCUGGACAAGGCAGUGUCAUCACGGACCACAUUCCACGUCAUUGAGACCCAGGACCCACCCCGCCGCUUGGCUCUCACAGCAGCACACCUCCUUUUUGUGGGGGAGAACGCAACUGCACCCAUGAAGAUUAUUUUUGCCAGCCUGGUCCAGCCAGGCCAAUACGUGCUGGUAACUGAGGGGGGACGGCUGCAGCCGGCCAGGAUAGCGGCGGUCUCUUUGCAGAUGGAUAUUGGUGCCUAUGCUCCCCUCACCAGCCAUGGGACUCUGGUGGUGGACGAAGUGGUGGCCUCUUGUUUUGCUCUGGUGCGGGACCAUCACUUGGCUCAGUGGGCUUUCUGGCCCUUGCGACUGUAUCACCACUGGGCAGGGAGUGACUGGGCCCAGCCAGAAGGUGUGCACUGGUACUCUGUACUGCUUUACCGCCUGGGCCAAAUGUUACUAGCUUCAGAUAGCUUCCACCAGUUGGCCACAGUGCAGUUUGAGAGCUGAGUGAAUGUUUUCCAUUGCCGCUGAAAUAGGGAGGAACACAGUGGCCUCCACUGGUUCUCGAGAGAGACUGCUUAGCAGCCAAAACCCUAAUGAGUGGGGGAAAGGAGGUGGGACCUUUGGCUUCCCAUCACCUACACCAAGCACAAGAGUAGAAGGAAGGUUUUGGCUUUUCUUUCCACCUUCUUUGUGCUGUUGGCUACAGAAGAGAGUGCCCAGCAAUGGGCCCAUAUGCUGCUAUUUUGGUGGAAGAGCCUCUAGAUGCAAAAAGAAGAGUGAGACAGGUGGAAAUCCUCAAACCCAGGAUGAAGGAAUGAGGUGGCCGGGGGAAUUCUGCAACUCUAGAUUGCAGAUUGUGACUGUAUCUGCAAGGAGGCUCCAGGGUGAGGCUGAAGGUGGGGUUGUGAGACUUCUCCCAAAGACACCUCCUUUUAGGAACUGUAUGCCUCCUGGCACUGUUCCUUUGAGGCCAAAGCAGCUACAGAGGAGACACUCCUGGAUUCUUGCCCUUGUGAGAAGGAGGAUGGAAAUACUUAUUUCCAACUGACAGUUCACCUGAAUCUAGGAGCAAGGAAAGAAGAAGGACACAUCAAUUAUGGUGAGGGACCAGGCAACAGAGAGGGAAGAUGUAUAGGAUACCAUACCAUCAUCUUUGGAUCUAAACUAUUGGCCUACAGUGAUGAAAGCCCUCUCUUUUGUCUUCUGCAUUCACUAAUGCAAAUUAAAAGAAUCACUCCACCUAAAAAUAUGCACUGAUAGAAGGAAGAGUACAGGGUGGCAGGAGGGGGAGAAAAGACCUCAGCCUGCUUUAAGUAGUUAACUCUAGCUGGAUUCACCAAAAAGUGGUUAUUGUAAUAAUAUUAUUUAAUCACGUCACCUAUGUUGGCUGGUCUUGAAAAAUCACCAAGAGGAACAAAAUUAGAAAACAGAACUGGGAAUUCUCUGCUCGUGGAGGGACAGAUUAAGAGUCAGGGAGGGGAAAGGGAUUGUUUGGUUUUUCCAAAGUCUUUUGUUGAUUUUUGAAGGUGCAGGAAGGCAGAUGUUUCUCAGGAGCUUUACCUCCUGUCUUCUUAGCAUCCCAAAGAGAGUGAUCCAAAGCAGAGGGUCUGAUAUUUGAGCCAAUCCUUUCUUCAUUGCAUUAGUUUGAUAAAUAUGGAUCUUCCUUUGCCAAGGCAAUGUGGAAAGCCACCUGUAGGACAAUUGUAUGCAUUAUGUAUCGAACAUGUUUCUACAGAGUAUGCUUGAAAUCAACUCAACUGAUGAUCGUUGACAAAAUUAUUGUUCUAGAUGCAUAUAUGCAUUUUUUUUAAAAAAAACUAGUGAAGUGCUAGGUUUACAUGCAGAAAAAUAAAACUGGUUGCUUAUCAUCUAAUGCAAAUGACUAGAAAAUAGUUUUCAGCUGUACAGGAAAAGCAUUAGUGGCUCUCUCUCUCUCUCUUUCUCUUUCUCUCUCUGGAUCAGGUUUUUGGUUAAGUGGUAAUGGAUUUUUUGAGAAGUGGUUAAGUUUUGAAGUACACCCAGCAUUUCCCACGUUAAGUUAAAUCCAUGUUGGAAAUUGUAAUGUGUGAAAACCAGGUCCAGAUCUCCCAGUUUAAGCCUCUCCUUGAAGAUGUUAUGCUGCAGUGACAUCUUUAUACCAGCAAUUGGUCCUCCUCUACCUACAAUUCUGACAACUAACAUUUUGCUUCUAUGUACCUAUCAGCACAGCCCAUUAAGUAGCCACCAAGAAUAAGUUUCUUUUUGCCCACAGCAAACCUCCUCAUGCCUCUCCACCGUCAUUCUCAAAUCUGAAACACCCACCCACCCAUCCCGGUGGUAGUAGAUGAAAAGGAAUCUUUGCUCUUCACAUUACAUUUAUUUAUUUCCCUUCCCUUUGCAAAAUGCUCAGAAUUCUCUGAUUGGUAAAAACCUUCUGGUAAAAGAGACCAAAGGGGAUAGGGGUUGGGAGGGGGGAUUGGUUGGGGUAAUUGUUUCUAAUAAAAGUAUUUAAGGAUUAUUUCAGAAAAGCACAGUUUUUUUUUAAUGUGAUCUUGGGCAGGGUGUGAGGGAAGUGUAAGCAUUUGUCUUUUCACUGGAUGUAAAUUUCCCAAAUGGAUGAGAAGUCCAAUAAAUUUCUUGACUCACA